ACUCCGCUUGCAAGCCAGCCAGCCGGCCGGGGCAGCGAUCGCGGGCUCGGACAUGGCGAGCUGGUGGCGGGCGCUGCUGGGCACGGCUCAGCGCCACCCGUGGCCCACGAACGUGCUGCUCUACACCACUCUCUUCUCUUCUGGGGACGUGCUGCAGCAGCGGAUGCGGGGCGGCCCGAUGGAUUGGCAGCAGACGCGGUGCGUGGCCACCAUGGCCGUGACCUUCCACGGCAAUUUCAACUACGUGUGGAUGCGCCUGCUGGAGCGCGCGCUGCCUGGCCGCUCGCCGCGCAUCAUCCUGGCCAAGGUGUUCUGCGACCAGACGAUGGCUUUCCCCCUGGGCAUCUCGGUCUUCUACACGGGUAUGAGUAUUCUCCAGGAAAAAGAGGACGUGUUUUUGGAAUUGAAACAGAAAUUCUGGAAUACAUAUAAGACCGGUUUGUUGUACUGGCCCUUUGUCCAGCUCACCAACUUCAUCUUGAUGCCCGUCCAGUGGAGAACCGCAUACACGGGAGUCUGUGCUUUUCUCUGGGCCAGCUUCGUUUGUUACUCGCAGCAGACAGGCGACGGGACUCUGAAGUCUGUGUUCUCAAGCCUUUGGAAGCCUCUGGAGGCUGAGACAGCCAAAAGGCCCCAGGAGAAAUGAGGUGUGAGGAUUCAAGGGCUAGGCUGUCUUGUAGCAAAGUCUGCAAAUCGUCCGUGAGGACAGUGGGUCAUUUUUUCCCCCCAACUUUGUUAUGUAGAGUCACUCUUUUGUAGAGUCAGUUGUUUCGGGGUGUCUUGUUUUAUUUUGUUUAAUUUAUUUUUUAGUUGGGGGUCACUCGAGAGCAAUUUCUGGCUCCAUGCUUGGUGGACACACCUCUCAGUGUUGGGGGUACCAGGUGGUGCCACAGAUGAAAAGAACCUGAGUCUUCUGAAAAGUCCACACUCCAGUGCAUUCAACUAGCUCCCUGGUCUACCCUGUUUUUUGUUUGUUUGGUUUUGGUUUGGGGCCACACCCAGUGACACUCAAACCUUAAUCUUGGCUCUGCACUCAGGAGUCACUCCUGGUGGUGCUAGGGGACCAUAUGGGAUGCCAGAGACCGAACCCUGGUUGGCUGCAUACAAGGCAAGCUCUUUUCCCACUUGUUAUCUAUCACUAUGGCCUCACUAUUGUUUUUAAAUGGUCAAUGAGAAUUUAAAAUUUUAUUCUAAAAGCUCUUUUUUUUUUUUGUUCCUGGACUCUUUUUUUUCUUUUUUAGGUCUUUUGGCCUGACUCC